UUAAAUAGUCUUCUGUGGUAUCUAUUAACUUCCAUAAACAAAACAUUUCAAUAUAUUUUAACUUUAAAAUUUCCUAUUAGUUUUAUCAAGCAUAUAUUUUGUGUAAUAUCGCAUUUAUGCGGAAAAAAAUGAAACUUAUAUAAAUAUGGAAGAUGGGAUUGCUUCAACGAUAUCGUGUUCUCUCUAAUUCUUAAGCUCUAAUUUUCUGUGACUAUCGAUUCUAAUGGCAGGUUUGGACUUUGUUAGCGAUUUGAAGCCGUUCAAGUCGAUGUGGAAAAUUCGUGUUAAGGUGAUUCGUCUUUGGAAGCAAUAUACUUGUGUUCUGGGAGAAACAAUGGAAAUGGUGUUAGCUGAUUCAAAAGUAAGCACGCUGUUGACAACAUAUAUAUUUGAUCAUUUUGAAACUCUUCUUAUGUUGCUAAUUUAUCUUGCAGGGCGAUAUGAUCCAUGCUACUGUGAAGAAAGAAUUGGUCAGCCAGUUCGUGACCUUAAUCAGUCAAGGUGAAUCGAAGUUGAUGGUGAAUUUCAUCGUCACAAUGGCUGCUGGAUCUUAUCGCCCCACAAAGCACCCUUACCGAAUUGUGUUCCUCCCGACGACUCGACUAAGAAUGUGUGAUGCUUUGCCUUCAAACUUGACUGGUUUAGACCCGGUCAAGUUUGAGUCUAUUAAGGAUGGUAGUCAGAACACGGACUACUUGGUUGAUGUUAUCGGACAGAUUGUUGAGGUUUCCCAUGUGGAAGUUGUUUCUGUGAAUGGAAAAGAUACCCAGAAGCUGUCACUGGAAUUAAGGAACCAGGAUGAUGAUCGUCUGCCGAUGGUGCUAUGGGGUAAAUUUGCGACAGAUGUCAAUGAUGCUAUCCAGCUAAGAGGUGAACAUAAGAUCAUCGUAGUGUUGCGUUUCGGCAAAAUAAAAGUCUGGAAAGAUGAACGUUCCAUCUCGAAUGCAUACAAUGUUUCCGAUGUUGCUUUGAAUCCUAAUUUGGAGGAGGUUCAGGCGUUUAUUGAAUUGUAAGUAUAAAUUUGCAAAUCCAGAUUCCCAUCAUGUUCGUCUAAAAUCGAAAAUCAUAGAGUUUGUACUAUCAAUAUGGAAAGAGGAGUGAAAUGUUUAUAUAAUGAUGUAGGUUACCUAAGGAUGAUAUGGCCUUGGCCAUUGUUGACCCUAAGCCUCUUGCAUUAACUAAUGGUGUUUCUGACAAGGAUGAUUUCUUUAUCCAUACCCCACGGAAAAGCAUUGCUGAUGUGAAGGCUUCAAGACAGGUACGCAUUUUUUUAGAUAUUGGAUAUCUUUACACUUUAGAAAACCACCGUUUAUGAAAUCAUAUCGUUUAUGUAUCAGGUGGAGAAGUGCGUUGUUAUGUGCACUAUUGCCGGGAUUGAUUCAGACAUGGGGUGGUUCUAUCUGAGCUGCAAGGUGUGUUCAAAGAAAGUGCUCACAGUGCCCAGCGAGUCUGAGGAUGAUGGACUCGAUUUGUUCAAGCACAAUUACUUUUGUGUGAAAUGCAAUCAGCACGACCCCCGACUUAUUCCUAGGUUACUAAUAUGAAAUUUUGAAUAUUAUACUUGAUUUAUUUAUUUGAAUUACUUUAGUUUUAAGUAAGUUAAACUUUUAUGUUCCAGGUAUAAGUUGCAUGUGGUUGUACUCGAUCAUACAAGUGACACUAAGUUCCUACUGUUUGAUAACCUAGCACUUCAGCUCUUACAUCAGCCUUGCAUUGAGCUGACUGGACCCAUAACCGAUGAGGAGGUUCAAGAACCGUAUCUUUUGCCGGCUGCUAUCAACAAUUUGGUUGGUAAAACCUUUCUCUUCAAGAUACAGAUCGAGCGGGAAAACUAUCUGUACAAGCAUGAAACUUACAAGGUGUUGAAGAUUAUCACUAACACUGAUAUGAUUUCUCAGUUUGACCUGACUCAAUCCCCAACGGGAAGUGAAACUUUCAAAGCUAUUGAUAACAGUAUUGUUUCUGAUGCACCAGAGGGUUCGAUGAUGUUGCGUGGCUGUUCAUCUCAGCAGUCUGACUCAACGAGUCUAACUCCAGCUAAAAGAAUUGGGGCACCGGUUAUCAAUCUGGAUGAAACAUUUGACCAGACUUCUGUUACGCGCACUAAUUGUCCAGUGAAGAUCAAGAAGGAGAAGAAAGAUAAAAGUGGCUAAAGCGGUUUAUUUGAAUUUUAAGAGAGUAGAGGUUUUGUUUUCUUCAAGAACUUGCAUGUUUUUCAGAUUUUUUUUGGGUUUUCUGUUUUGCUUCACUUUGUUUCAUUUUUAGUAACUGGGAUUUUUUUCCCAGCUUGCGUGUUGUCUACCUUUAUUUAAUAUAUGUACCCUCUACUCUCAUUUUAAUUAUGUUUCAACCUCUUUUUAUGUUUUUCUACAUAUGCAACUAAUAUUCCUUCCGUGAGUAGUUUGAUUUUGAUCAAACUUAAAGUUUCAAAUAACACAGCAUAAACUCGGUUGCUUUGAGAGUUGAGAAAAUUAAAUUUUGUUACCUUGCAAACUUGGAUUCGUGUAUAAUUUCUAUAUAUUUUGUCAGAAGUCUAGAUUCUCCUUAUUUAUUACUAACAUAGUUUCUAAUAUAAAUCAAGGAUGGUGAAUUCAUGCUAAGGGUAUUUUUUUUUAAAUUUAGUAGAUUGUUCAACCUUCUAGGAUAUUAUACCCUUAUUACAAACUGUGAAUUUAAAGUUAUAAACUGUAAAUAAAAUUUGAGAUAAAUGUUCUGUGUCUUACCUUUUCGCGAGAUAUGAACAAUGAGUUAUCUGUUCUCUCAUAUAAUCAGUUGGAACGUUCCAUGGACUAUAUAGUCUUCCUGACAUUUUUAAUAUCAAGCACAUGAUUAAGUUUUAUUUAUUACAAUUGUGUACGAUUUUUUUGCAAUACAGUUAUAAUAUUUGGUGAAAAUUCAUUAUGUUAAAAUCAUAUUACCUUUGAGUUCAUUUAAUUAGCAAGGGAUUAAUGUCAUCUGGAAGGAACAAUGAAUUAUGUUAAACUCAUAUUACCUUAUCAGCUAUAUUAAACUCAUAAGGUAGAGAACUGCGGAUAAUUUAGAAGAAUUAGUCUUACACUCAAAGACAUUUAAUGUGUCCAUCAGAGUGAAAUAAGGAUUCAAAGCAAUCAAAUAUUCUAUGUGAUUUUUUUCCCAAAUCUGUACUAGAGUGCGCAUAAUUAGUAAAUAAAUUGUACGUAAUAAAGGAGGCUAUCGAAAUUGAUGAACAAAACUAAAUAUGUGGAAGAAGUCCAUAGAACUGUAAUGCAGCAUUUCACCUAAGAACAUUUGAGAUGAAUAAGAACAGUCGACCCCCAAGAAAAAGAGAACACAGUACAGAUGAACGUCAAGUAUCAAAAAAGCAGAGACAAGGUUCUCUAUCUUACUUUUAAUACAAACUAAUCUGUUAUCAUGGUUAAAAUCCUAUUUACAUGUCUAACUUAUUUUGAUCAACAUUCAUCUUCUUAAACGGUAUGGAAGAGAGCAAGAUGAAUGUAAACACAGUGAUUCCGGUCUGUAAUACUCAGGGUGCUAUUUUAGCUGACAUUACAAAUGUCGUGGCUAACGACGCCAAAAACGCCAGAACUGAAAGGAGAUUACGAUUGCAACAAAAGCGUAAAUUUCCAUUCGCAGAUGACACUCCUACUGUUAAUCCUAUGGUGGGGCAAUCAGAUUCAACCGUUCAAGUUUUUGUCAAACCAAUAGGUAUAGAACCGAAACGUAUUGGUAUCAAUACGGGAAAACCAAGCCAAGGUAACUUUAAAAUGCAAGAGUUUGAAACUCUUCUUAUGUUGCUAAUUGUCCAUGCCUGCUUAUUGUCCUAUUGUUCUAUGCAAGUUGACAUUCGAUUGAGUUCAGUCCCGAAGACAUCAUUUCGUAUGAGAAACAAGUGUCCUAAGCUCAGCGGAGAAAGUUCCCACACACAACAAACCCAAGGUAGUUUACAAACUACUUGAGUUUUCAAUGUCUAUAUUAGAUUCAAUACUAACACUUAUAUAAUACAGAUGAAAAUUCAAUGAUGUUUCAAAGAGUUUCCAACCAAUCAGGAUGUCAAAUCAUAGGAACAGCAUCCAGUUCUGUUUUCAACCCAACACAACAAAGCCAAGGUUAUUUACGUUAUACUCGAGUUUUCACUGUCUAUGGAAAAUUACAAUACUAACACUUAUAUAAUUAUGAAUUUGGAAGUGGCAAUUGGAAAGGAUUCAACACCUGAGUCAACACCUUAUAGGAUAACGAAGAAGUUUCCUAACCAGUGUGAUAGAAGUCAGACUCCUGGCCAAAGCAAUGCUAAAAUUAACUUUGGCUCGCAACAAACACCAAAGAAAGUUGCUCCACGAUCUAGGUCUACUCCUAUGUCAACGGUAUCAGGCAUUACCUCUUCUACUACUCAUGGUCAUACUAAAAAGAAGAUGAUUCCAGGUGCGCCUGAUAUGCCCAUCUCGAUAGACUCGGAUUCUUCAGGUAAACGGUUUUGUAAAUAUAUCAAAUAUCGGUUUAGUUUAUAUAGAAGUACUACAUACAGCUCAAAGUGAUUUACAAUUUCAAAGGAACAAAACACGUUUAAUACUUGGUGAUAUACAUUUUAUGGCUAUAAUUUGGCUUCAGAUUGUGGUGAUGAUACGAGUGAUUCGAACUUCAAUGAAGGGGAGGUCAAUCAUUCAGGUAUUUACGUGCCAGUAGCAGAAAAUACUGAUGAGCCGAUAGAUUCCGAUUCCUCAGGUAACAUGUCAAACCAAGUUGUUUACUAUUGAAGUAUUUUUAUAAAAAAGAAAUAAUAAAGGUAAAAAUUUCUAGCCUUAUUUGACUUUUCCCAUGACCAAUAAUUGCCAAAUGACAGAAAGUGGUGAUGAUAUUUGGGAUUGUUCAAGCAAUGAAGGUGCUGUGUUUCAAUCUGACUCUGAAGAUGAUGUAGAUGAUCGAACUGAAUCAUUAAGACGUUAUCAAUACACUACACUGGUGUAUGAGUCCUUAACAAAGAUAUUUGGUGGUUUACAAAACCAAUGUCAAAAACAGCAACCCUUGACCGCAGUUAUUAAUAAAAAAGAGGAAGGUAAGUUGAGUCAGCCGUGGAGAAAUCCGUAGACAUGUUGUAUUAAAACUAUUUGGUAACAAUACAAUUCAAAUUUGACAAGUUUUUCUCUUGGGAAAAUUUUCAGACUACAAGGAUGAUGGAGAUAUGACAUAUGAAUGUCCUAAAUGUGGAGCUUUAUUUUGGUACAAUGAGAGAGUUAGUAAGUCGAGGAAUCCUAAAAUUCCGGUUUUCACCAUGUGUUGUUUGAGAGGGAAAAUCAAGCUACCUACUCUUAAGGAACCACCAUCAUAUCUUAUGGAUCUUCUAACCAAGGAUGACAGUAUCAGUAAGCAUUUUCGUGAUAAUAUACGACCCAUAAAUAUGAUGUUUUCUUUUACAUCUCUGGGUGGUAAGAUUGAUAACUCUGUGAAUGAGGGUCAAGGUCCUAGAGUGUUUAAACUUCAUGGAGAGAAUUAUCAUAUGAUUGGCAGCGUGAAGCCUAAAGGAAUGGACCCUGCGAAGUUUUCCCAGCUUUAUAUUCAUGAUACUGAGAAUGAAGUCCAGAACCGUCUCUCUGCAUUAAGGUAUUUAUUUUUAGUUGUGUUAUCUAGAAACAUCAAUAUAUAUCACUCUUCAGUUUUUAUUAACCUUAUGGAAAAAUACUUCUUAUGAUGGCAGUGGGAAUUCAGGAAAAAAUAAAAUUCGAGAGGAAUUGGUUGAGGGUAUAAUGGAGAUGUUAAGGAUAUCUAAUGUGCAUGUGAAAACCUUCAGGAAUGUUAAAGACAGAUUUAAUGACGAAGACGCCUCAGAAGAGUUAUCAUUAGUCUUGAUUAACACUCGACUUAAAGAUGGUCGUGUUUACAAUCUACCAACUUCAUCUGAAGUUGCGGCUCUGGUAGUUGGAGAUUUUCAGGAAAACAUGGACAAGAGAGAUAUCAUUCUGGAAAAGAAUAAUGGUAAAUUAAAGAGGAUCAACGAGCUGCAUCCAUGCUACCUCCCAUUACAAUAUCCUCUGCUUUUUCCAUAUGGAGAAGAUGGAUUCCGGUUGGGCAUCAAAAAUGGUUUUACAGGCAUCAACCAAAAGAAGAAACCGAAUAUCAGUAUGAGGGAGUAUUUUUCCUAUCGAAUUCAAGUUCGUAACACUGGUUCUCAGGUCCUACUUCUCUCUAGACGUUUACUACAACAAUUCUUGGUGGAUGCUUACACAAUGAUUGAAGCUCAUCGUCUCCGGUACAUUCGCAAGAACCAGUCAAAUCUGAGGACUGUGAAGUUUAGUAAAUUCGUGGAUGCUGCGAAUAAUGGGAAUUCUACUGUUUCUAUUGAAGGCAACCGUAUUAUCAUCCCCUCAUCCUUCACUGGCGGACCAAGGUAUAUGCAUCAAAUGUACUUGGAUGCAAUGUCUAUAUGCAAAUACUUUGGAUAUCCGGAUCUAUUUAUUACAUUCACUUGUAAUCCAAAAUGGCCGGAGCUUUCAAGGUAUUUACAUAAAUUCAACUUAAGAGCCGAGGACAGACCUGAGCUAUGUUGUAGGCUAUUCAAAAUUAAGCUCGAUAAGUUGAUGGAGGAUCUAACCAAGAAACAUAUACUCGGUAAAACAGUUUCAGGUAUGUCUGACCUAUUUUACAUGUCUAAUUAAAAUUGACAAAACUCAUAUGUUUCUUAUAUGUAAUCUUUUUUUAAUCUCACUAAUGCACAUGUUGUCAAUUACUGUUUGCAGCCAUUUAUACGGUUGAGUUUCAAAAAAGAGGUCUUCCACAUGCUCAUAUUUUGUUGUUUAUGGACUCACAACAUAAAUUGCCUAAUGCUGAAGACAUUGAUCGUAUCAUAUCGGCGGAAAUUCCAGAUAGGUUUGAAGAACCCAAGUUGUAUGAAGUGGUGAAGGACAUGAUGAUUCAUGGCCCUUGUGGGGUUGUUAAUAGAGGUUCUCCAUGUAUGAAGGAUGGGAAAUGUUCUAAGUUUUUCCCUAGAAGGCAUGUUGAGAAAACUACAGUUGAUGCACAAGGUUAUCCUGUAUACCAAAGGCGAGACAAUGGUAACUUCAUUGAGAAGAAAGGGAUUCAAUGUGAUAACCGUUUUGUUGUCCCCUAUAAUAAAAAGCUACUGCUUGGAUAUAAUGCACACAUCAAUGUUGAAUGGUGCAACCAGUCACGUUCAAUUAAGUACUUAUUUAAGUAUAUAAACAAAGGCCAAGACCGUGUCACUGGUACUGUUACUGCAAAAAAGAACUUUGAGACUUCAGGAGCAGAAACAAAUCAAAUACCAGCUCCACCAAAUGGAGUGGACAUUACUGGGGCAAUUGCUGUAGAACCAGAAGUUGAUGAGAUUAAAAAAUAUUUCGAUGCAAGGUAUGCUUUUCCUGCUAUAGUUUUAAAAUCGAGCUUAAUAUAUUAUACUGAAUUUCAUUUUAUGUAUGUUAUAUGUUAUGCAGAUAUAUAUCGGCCUGUGAAUCAACUUGGAGAAUUUUUGGUUUCCCAACUCAAUAUAGAUCCACACCAGUGGAGAAGCUAACCUUUCAUCUAGAAGGAGAGCAACCUGUUAUUUACAAAGACGGUGACACAGUGGAGAGUGUGUUGGGUCGAGUGCACUUAUCUAAGACAAUGUUCCUUGCUUGGUUCGACUGUUGUGAAAUCUACCCUGAAGCAAGAGAGAUAACGUACCCAGAACUUCCUACUAGAUUCGUUUACGAUGCAAAGCUGAAAGUCUGGAAUCCUAGAAAAAGAGGUUUUGCUAUUGGUAGACUGGAAUCGGUUUCGCCUUUAUCCGGACAACGAUAUUAUUUACGAGUCUUGCUUAACAAGGUUAAGGGUCCGCGUUGCUAUGACGACAUUAAGACUGUCAAAGGGAUUGUUCAACCGAGUUUCGAGGAAGCCUGUUAUGAACUUGGUCUCCUAGAUGAUGAUAAGGAAUAUAUUGAAGGUCUUAAGGAAUGUGCAUUUUGGGCAUCUGGUGCAUUUGUUCGUAAUCUAUAUGCCAAUAUGUUGGUAUCUGGGAGUUUGUCUUUUCCUAAAUUGGUCUGGGAUUCUACAUUUGAUAUACUCUCGGAGGAUGUGCUUUAUCUUGAAAGGAAAAAGCGUCGAAACCCAGGUAUAUUUUUGCUUUAUGUUUUUGAGGUUUGAAUUGUUCGUUAAUUAACUAUGUCAGUAAUGUAUUAGUUUACACUUAUAUGAAACAGGACUGGUUAUGAGUGAUGAAGAAGUGCUGAAUGCGACAUUGAUUUUGAUAGAUAAUCUUUUGCGCCGUAAGAAUAGUUCCCUGGCAAAUUUUGAAACAAUGCCAAAACCGGUUGUUACUGAGCACACUUUUCAAGAUAAUCAGCUAUUGCAAGAUGAGUUGAACUAUGACCGAGACGAAUUGCGAGCUAAUCACAAUGACUGGAUGGGUAAGUUGACAGAUGAGCAAAGGUCAGUGUAUGAGCAGAUAAUUGGUGCUGUAGAGAGUAAGAAAGGUGGAGUCUUCUUUGUUUAUGGUUUUGGUGGUACAGGGAAAACAUUUUUAUGGAAUAUUCUAUCAGCUGCGAUCCGAUCAACUGGUGAUAUUGUACUGAAUGUUGCAUCUAGCGGCAUAGCUUCUUUGUUACUCCCUGGUGGAAGAACAGCUCACUCAAGGUUUGGCAUUCCCAUUAACCCAGACGAGUUCUCUACGUGCAAUAUUGAACCAGGGAGUGAUAAGGCUGAAGUAAUAGCUAAAGCGUCGCUAAUUAUUUGGGAUGAAGCACCUAUGAUGAGCAAACAUUGUUUUGAAGCUCUUGAUCGUACUUUAUGUGAUAUUAUGAAGACCACAGACGAAAGACCUUUUGGUGGAAAAGUUGUUGUUUUUGGAGGAGAUUUUCGACAAAUUCUUCCAGUUAUUCCUAAGGGGAACAGAGCUGAUAUUGUUAUGGCUACAAUGAACUCUUCUUAUUUAUGGAAGCAUUGUAAAGUGCUAGAGCUGACCAAAAACAUGAGGCUUUUCUCAGAAACAGACGUGCGUGAAGCAGAGGAUAUCAUGGAAUUUUCUAAAUGGAUUCUAGAUUUAGGAGAUGGAAAGAUUAAUGAGCCUAAUAAUGGAGAAUGCAUUAUUGAAAUUCCAAAAGAUCUGUUGAUUACGAAGUCCAAAGAUCCGAUCAAGUCUAUUGUUUCAGAGGUGUAUGGUGAAACCUUCAUAGAUUCUAAAGAUCCUACAUUUUUCCAAGAAAGAGCUAUUUUGUGUCCUACAAACGAAAAUGUUGAUGUAGUCAACAACUAUAUGUUAGAUCGUCUUACAGGGGAGGAAAGGAUUUAUCUAAGCUCUGAUAGUAUUGAUCCGUCUGAUUUUAAUUCCAGAGAUGAUUCGAUAUUCUCUCCUGAAUUUCUAAAUAGUAUCAAGUCAUCUGGAUUACCUUCUCAUGCACUUCGGCUGAAGGUUGGGACUCCGGUAAUGAUACUAAGAAAUCUCGAACCUAAUGAAGGUUUAUGCAAUGGGACAAGGCUGCAGAUAACUCAUUUGGGUAAUCAUAUUGUCCAAGCAAAAGUCAUAACAGGAACUAAAGUUGGUCAGAAAGUAUUCUUGCAUCGCGUGUUGCUUACACCAACAGAUACUAGGCUUCCUUUCAAGAUGAGGCGUAGGCAAUUUCCAUUGAAAGUUGCUUUUGCUAUGACCAUUAACAAGAGCCAGGGCCAAUCGCUAGAAAGAGUUGGUUUAUUUCUACCUAGACCAGUUUUUUCACAUGGACAACUAUAUGUGGCAGUCUCGCGAGUAAAAUCAAGAAAAGGUUUGAAGAUUCUUAUUACUGACAGUGAUGGAAAACCUGAGGAGUCAACAAUGAAUGUUGUAUACAAGGAAAUUUUCCAGAAUUUGUUAUCUAACAAGUUCACUUAGGAGCGUCAUUGAUGGUUUGUUCCUCUAGACUAUUGGUUUUAACUUUGUUUAUAGUAAAUUACUGGUUUUUGUAAUUUGUUUUCUUAUUUAAUGAAGGUGGUUAAGAUACUCAGAUCGUAUUGUGUGAGUCUACACAGGAGCCAGUGAUGAAAUAAGGUACUUACUUAUUCAGUUUUACUAUACUGAAAGCAGAGACCUUAUUUUAUGUCUAACGAAAGCUAUUGUAUUCAUCACUAUAGUUUAUAUGAAACGAACAUUUGUCAAAAGGUAUAAACACCUGUUUGUAAAUCUGUACAACACUUAACGAAAUAUUAUAUUUUCACCAUUUUGCAGGGCUAUGAGCAUGAAAUCAUUAAGAAGAACUACCAUAGCAUGUCUACUGUUCCAAGCCUAACCAGUCUAUCAAACAGUUUCUAUAAUAUACCUAAAAACAUCCUGUUGUUCUACUUAAUUCUUAAGAACUGACCUUAUUGGUAUUUUGUGGAGAUGUCACUCCCAGGCAGCAGUUUCUUUAAAGUCUUCAGAUAUGUCUUCUCCCCUUACUAUUUGACUUCAUUGCAAAGACCCUUACUGUUAAAGAACUGUUUUACAAGGGCUGUGUGCUUAUAUAUUAUACGGCCUUCUUUAAGUAUAGACGUACCUCACAGCUUCAUCCCUUUAGUUUGAGUUCAUAAAGCCAAUCUUUCUCGAAGCCUGCAGUUAUUUAAUGCGAGAUUCAAGUAAGGAUGAGGUUAUAUGAUUAAAGUACAUAAAAUAAUUGAUUCUAAUCUUUGCUUAAAAGGCCUUGAAAACUAAACUAAUAAGGGGAUUUCACAGCAAUUACAAUUCAUCCGAACCACUAUUUGGGCUUCGGAUUCUACAUAGUUGACCAUUAAAUGAUUGUUUAUAAACAUAAAACCAAAUCAAUCUGUAUAUCAUUUCUGUCCGGAUUUUAUUCUAAUGAAUUCAUAUAAGUAAACAAUAAAUUUUGAUUGUUUCAAUUUUAAAGCAAGAAUAUACUAUAUAUUACCUUACUUAAUAAACAUAGUACGAUUAGUAUUGAUUAGAGUUGCUAAAUAAGGGUAUGAAUAUAUCGUGUAUCCCAUCCAUAUCCCUGUCUUGAACUAAUUACGUUGACUAUAGAAAUGAAAUAUUCGGUUCAAAAGAUUAUAUAUAGUAUGGAGUCAAACCACUCCACAUCAUCGCAAAAUUUGGUCAUUGUUUUUAUUAUUCUGUUUCCAUGGAGACUCAUACAGUUUUAUCUCAGUUGAGUAAUUCGAAACGUUUGAAAUCAGUUUGUGUGAAGUUACUCAUUAAGGGCAGCACAGUUGUUGGUACAACGAGAAAGACAUAUCAACUUAUAUUAGGAGAUGAGCAAGUGAGUUCUAUACAUAUUACUAUUUUUUCCUCUUAUUACGUCGAGUAAUUCAUUACUAAUAGGUUUAAUAUCUUAAUACAGGGUUCAAUCAUCCAAGCCACGUUUACAAAAGAUUUGGAUGACUCUUUUGAAAUCCCUAUGCAGGAAGGUGGUUGGUAUGAGUUACAAAACUUCGAAGUUGCGUAUGCAUUUGGUGUGACAAGGGUGACAAGGAACCGACACCAAAUUAACCUCAGUGACUCUUCCAUCAUUUUCAAGAUUCCACCACUCUCCUUUUGCCACUAUUAUCGUUUUCAAACUUUCGAAAACAUACAACGUGGCUUAGCUCACCCAAAAUUCUCUAUUGGUACGUUUUAUGAACUUAGAUUUUAUUCUAUUUUAAAUUACCAUGCUGACUGUUACUUUGGAUUACUUAUGCUUGCUGUCCGUUUUAACGUUUACCAUUUAUUAUCUCAUCUCCCAGAUCUGUAUGGAGCAAUGGUAGCAGUAGGGGAUAUUGAAGAAGCUGAGAUAGGGAACCAUAGCCUCCACUUCUCUUUAGUCAAUAUGGAGUCUGUUUCCUUUAUCUCAUCUUUCUAGACUUAUGGUCACUGUUUUAAGUUUGAACAAAAAUGGUGUAACUUUACUCUAAAUGACAGGUAUGAACACAUUAUCUGUGUAGCAUAUGGAGAAGUUGCUCUGUUUUUAGAUAACUACUGGAACUCAACCAAUGCCCCUGUCGUCCUAUGUGUGUUACAGUUUUGGGAAAUUGUUUGGGAUGUUGGUAACUUUCAGUUCUAAUUCGCGCAAACCUGUAUUUUUUGAUUUUGAUAUUCGUUUAGGCUGAGGUUUACUUUUUGGAUCAUGAUCAGGUGGAUUACAGCACAUAAAAACGAUGGAUGGAUUUUCGAGAAUUUUAUUUGAGCCUGAUGAUGUUCCAGAGAUCCAGACUUUCAGAAUGAGGUAAUAAUUUUUGAUUGUUCAAUAGACAUUAUAUUUAUGCUCACUUUUUUCUAUAUUUUUUUACAGGAUUCCAUACUAUGCCUACUGAAGAAAAGAAUCAUUUAUGAGCUGAGCUGGUUACGAUCUAAGAUUUAAUGCUGUCGUUUAAUUAUGUUUUGUUGCUUUGAAUUAUGGUUUUUGCUUUCAUAUUUGGUGUUUCUACUUAUGUUAUCUUUUAAUUUUAAACGUGAAUUUAUAAUAUAUUUUUCCCUGAUUUAAUAUAUUAAUCACAAAAAAACGAUCCAAACUGCUAACAGCUGAGAAAUGUAACGAUUCAAUGACUCUAACUAUUCUUAUGUAAACUGCCAUGGACUGGAUGUAAAAUCAUUGCAAGUGGACACAUAUCAAAACUGGGUAAAUCAUUGGAGAUAUGAUAUUACUUUCUAAAUAGAGAGGUAGAUAAAGCAAUUUGAAAAAAAUUAAACAUUAUCCAUGCUAGAACCUGAAUAAUUCCAACAGUUGGGAUUGUAACCUUCAAUCAAUCCAGCUUCACGGAUCAGAGUUUUGCAAGAUGGUGAUACUUCGAUUUGACCUCCGCCUUCGGUUUAUAUAGAAGCCAAAAAAAAAAAAAUUAUUAGAUGUUUCAAUGAACAGAACGACAAUGUCAUUGAAGAAUCUGAAAAACUAAUUAUACAACGGGAUAUAAACGAUAUGAAAUUUACCGGACGAUCUACUGCCAAUUGCAAUUCAUGAGGUACCAAACCCUAACCCCCUUCCACCCCGCCUUCUCCUUUCGCCAUCGUCACCGCCUAUUUCUCUGUCCAUUUAUUUUUUGCGUUGGUAAUUAAGCAAAAAAAUAUUACAAAAUUGCAAUUUUUAAUUCAGUAACAAUUGGGCUUAUAAUUUUGUCACAAAAGCCCAAUAUAAAUCUUUUUUAAAGCCCCGAAAUAUUGAUGUGUUUACCCGCUGGUUUCUAUUUAUUCGUUAAAUAUUGUGAAAAAUUAAAAAUUAGACAGCGUGUUAUUUUCUUGGAUACCCUUUAUUACGCAACUUGAAUUUUUUUUAAAGAAUUCUAAUUUUUCUUUUUGAUUUUAGACAACUAUACAAUAAGGCCCAACAACAUUAAAUUAUUCUAUACAUCAAAAUCCACCAAAUAUAAACAAACAAUUUUAAGAAUUAAUGUCUACUACAUAAAGUCUACUUUAUUUCAUUUCUAUAAAAUAUAUGCUUUUACGUUUUAUAUUGUUCAAUUUAAAUAAUACAAACCAUUCAAAAUACAGUUUUAUAAUUUUCCUUGAUUAUUUUUAUAGAUCAUUUUAAUACCAACCUCACCCCGCGCAGGGCGCGGGUCCAAUCCUAGUAUAAACUUAUAAAGCGUGUAAGACAUGAGAAGUAAUCGUCUGUAAUAAAGACCACGGUCACGAGUGUCUCCACAUGACCCCACAUUUCUCCUCCAUUUGCUCUCUGCCAUACGUAAGUAAACCCUACCUUUUUUUGUUAUACUUUGAAAUUUUUACAAACAAAUGAAAAUACAUAUAGCUUCGUUUUAAAACUUCUGUUUACUUCGUUAGCGUUAGAAACGCGUUGUGAUCCUCAUAGAGGACUUGUACAAAAUAAUUUGGUGCAUGUGGAUUCGUUAUCCCCUCUAAAAUUGUAGAAUUACGAUCUCAAACGAUAUUUUUGUUAGCUAUCAUAUUGGCUGGCCUAAUCUACUAGGCCGUACAAAGCAUACAAAGUUAUGUCUAUAAAUCAUUACACUAUUGAUAUGUAUUUUGAAUUAUUAUCAUUAAACACUCUUCUUCUUUUUUUUUACAUCAUCAUAACAAAUCAUUCCUAUACAAAAGCGUAGGGAUAGUGAUAUCUCAUUAUAAAAACUUAGACCCGAUAUAAACUCAAGCAAUAAAUCAAUAAUACUUUUAGAACAUGUUAUACUAACCAAGUAUUAAUUAAUAUACAUGUUUUGAUUUGAAAUUAAGUCGAGCAAACAAUUAGAAAGUUACAACACACACACACACACACAUGAGGAGAAAAAAAAAAGUAGGUUAAACUCAUCACAUGUGCUCUCACGGAACGAGACUCCUUUUGUUGAACGUUACUAUUGUGCAUGAGAUUCACGCAAAUCCUAUGCGACACAUAAAUUUCUCUCUUAAUUUUCAGAAUAAAGGAAAACGUAAUAGUCCACACUGAAUUAAAAGAUUUUUUAUGAUAGUAAUAACUAAUAAGUGCUAAUAACAAAGAGUCCAAUUAAAUGGACCCACGUUUAUAAUGAUGUCUGAAAUAACCAACACCCCACGAGACCCCUACAAUUCAGUCGAAUUUUCUUUUGUUUUCUUAUGCAUGUGAUUUAUUUUUAUUGGCUUAGAAAAAAAUAUUAUAAACAAUUAAUUCAGUACAAUUUGGUACAGAACAUAUUAAAAAUCUCUCGGCCAUGUGAUCUAUACUUUAUCUAAUGUGAUUUAUACUUAUUAAGUUCAUUUGUGUGUAUAUAUUAAGUUUAAAAUUCUGAUGCCAACUUGUAAGCAAUUCCUUAUGGCAUAGUUAAUGAAACUUAAAGUUAAAAAAAAAAACAUACUCGUGGGUAUAAAACUCUAUUAUAUGCUUCGGUUUUGUUAAUUGUAUCUUUUAAGAUUUUUUUCCUACAUAUUAAGAAAAUAAUAUUUUUUUUCUGUUUUGCUUCUAUUUUAUUUUUGUUUAAUUAGUAAAUUAGAUAUAAAGAUAAAAACUAGAUAUUUUGCUAUUGGAAAUAUAAACAGCAUUUAUAAUUAACAAAAUCUAAAUAAUAAAAUGACACUUAUAGAAGAAAACGGGACAAGUAAUAUUUUAAUACAAAUAUCAGAAUUUUCGG